AUGAGUUACUCAUCAUCAACUUCAUCAUACUCUGACGACACUGAUACACCUUCAAUCUCAAGAUCAGCUCAACGUAAUAGUCUUGUAUACAAACGAUUAUCAACAUUACCUGGCAAGAACUUAAAGAAAGCAUUGACAGAUAUAAAGGAUGGAAAGUUGGGUACACCUAAUACUACUGCACACUUUAAAGAGGAUAUAAGGGACAGGAGUAAUCCGGCUAAUACUCAUGUUGUUAUGUUGGACAAGGAGCAUUGUUCAUUCGAUGGUGUGUUCUGGAUUGACUCUGAACAGCAGUUGGAGCGAACAUUCAGUAUAAUUAGGAAGGAGCACGUCAUAUCGUUCGAUCUGGAGGGCGUGGAGAUGGGCAAGCAGGGCGAGGUCGCACUCGUCCAGGUGGCACUGAUGAAUGGCACCGUCUUCCUGUUUGACGUGCUGACACUGGGCCAGCGCGUGUUUGCCGCCGGGCUCAAGGACAUACUCGAGUCCAACACAUUCCUCAAGGUCGUGCACGACUGUCGCCGAGACAGCGAGAUACUCUACCAUCGACAUCAAGUGUCGCUCAAUCACGUGUUUGACUUGCAGGUCGCGCACGCCCUGCUGCAGAAGAAGCGCGAGGGCAAUGUGCCCAUUCGCCGAUACGGCCUGCAGGAGCUGACGCACAUGUACAUCCCCAAGCACGCAUCUCAGCGCGCCGUCGACAUCAAGUAUCAAGUGCGCGAUAUCUUCAAGGAGGGCAAUACAGAGGUGUGGCGACAGCGUCCACUCUCCAAACUUAUGAUCGACUACUCUGCACUGGAUGUCAUAGUCCUGCAUCCCAUCUACAACUCGAUCGCGCCUCAUCUUCAAAGCCCAUUCGACAAGCGAUACCUGAGGAAGCAUUUCAGCGAGCAACUCACCUACUUCAAAGACAGCAUCAAGCCUCUCUACUCACGCAACUUGAUCUAA